AUGUCGUCUAUGCGAAAUGCCGUCGCCAGGCGACCUCACCGUGAGCGCGCUCAACCAUUAGAGCGUCGUCGCCUCGGUCUUCUCGAGAAACACAAGGACUACUCCCUCCGAGCCAAAGACUUCAACAAGAAAAAGGCCACCCUCAAAAACCUCCGCGACAAGGCCUCUGAGCGAAACGAGGAUGAGUUCUACUUUGGAAUGAUGUCCCGCAACGGGCCGGGCUCCAAACUCAAGGAUGGAAAGAAAUGGUCCGGAACGGUGCAGGGCGAUCGAGGAAACAAGAUCAUGGAUGUGGACACCGUGCGACUCCUCAAGACGCAGGAUUUGGGCUACGUUCGAACGAUGCGACAGGUUGUUGCGAAAGAGGUGGCCAAGUUGGAGGAGCAGGUAGUCCUUACCCGAGGAUUCGACAAGCUCGACGAGGAGGAGGACCAAGACGAAGACAGCGAUUCGGAAUUCGACUUUGCUACCGCUCCCAAGGCGCCUAGAAAGAUUAUCUUUAUGGAUGAUGAAGAGCAGCGCGAGGAAACAUUACAAGAACACCUGGAUAUGGAGGACGAGGAAGACGACAAGAAGGAGAUCAAAGAAGGAGACGCAGAAUUUGAACGCGCCAAGGCCCUCCGUCGUCUCCGCCACCAACUCGAAAAUGCCCGCAAAAAGCUAAAAGUCCUCACAGACGCCGAGGGCGAACUCGAGAUCCAGCGCGCAAAAAUGGCCAAGACGGCGACAUCUGGCGGAAGCACGCGCAAAGGAAAGAAGAUUAUGGUGCGGACAAGAAAGCGAUAG